CUUCGCGAUUUCGUUCCCAACGAAUUAUUUGUAUCCAGAACAAGGACGCUGGAAACAUUAUUUUAGCGUGCAGUAGUGCACUAGUGGCUGAGGUCCUCGCUGGGAAAAGCACCCGACAUGGACGAGCUUAGAAUAUCACCUGAAGGAUUUCAGGAAUUACUAGAGAAGAUGACCGUAGCGAUGACCGACGCGAUACGGUUCAUGGAUACCGGACCGACGCGUUUCAUUGAUUCGCUGGAGGACGGUCCGGAGGCCGUGGAAGCUGCACGGCGGCUUGCUAGCAAACUACAAGAGGAAGAUGUACCGGAGACAGGCAGGGAUAUGGCCGACAUCCUGGACUUGGUGUGCAACGUGGCGGCCCGCAGUGGCAAGAACGACUCGGCAGCCGGUUUCUGUGCGUACGUACCGACUGGCGGACUGCUUCAGUCAGCAGCUGCCGAGCUGCUGUGUAGCUGUCUAAACCGAGCCACGGCACGCUUUCUGUCCAACCCCGGAUUAGUGCAGCUCGAAUCGAAUGUCAUCCGCUGGAUGGGCAAGAUAGUGGGAUACGACCCGGGCAGAUCAUUCGGAUCAUUUGCGUCUGGUGGCUCCAUGGCAAACUUCAUUGGUGUUCUGGCGUCGCGCCGCAGAUAUCUCAGCGAAGAACAGAUCUUGGAGGGCGUUGUGCUCGCGACCAGUCAAACACACACGUGCAUAGUGAAAGGCUUAGUUAUGGCCGGUAUUCCGCAGUCAGCGAUGCGCCUAGUGCCCUGCGAUGCAAAGCUACGAAUGGAUGCAACGGCACUGGAGGCGAGCAUAGUCAAAGAGCGGAAAGCUGGCCGCAAGCCGUUCUUGGUCGUUGCCAGCGCCGGCACGACGAACACCGGUGCGGUCGACGAUCUCCGCGCGGUGUCCGUGGUGUGCCAGCGUCAUGACGUGUGGCUGCACGUGGAUGCCGUGUACGGCGCGGCAUUCAACCUGACCGAGCGCGGUCGGGACGCACUGGACGGCCUGGAAGAGGCGGACUCCAUAGCCAUCGACCUUCACAAGUCCUUCUUCCUGCCGCAGGCCACUGGCCUGACCAUGGUCAAGGAGCGGGCGCAUCUGAAGCGAGCCUUUUCCGUCGAGACCGAUCUGCCGUUUCUGCCGGGCAUGUGCGAGGACGAGGACAACUUCUUGGAGCUGUCCAUGCAGCUGACUCGGCCCUGCUACGGACUCCGUCUCUGGUUUCCUCUGCAGCUGUGCGGCCUGAGCAAGUGGCGCCAGGCGCUGGACGAGCGGCUGGAUUGGACGGCAGAGUUUGCGCACGAGCUGCGUCAGAUGGAGAGCCUGGGCGUGCGCCUCGCCACUGAGCCCAGUCUGUCGAUCCUGACGUUUUGCUACGAUUCUCCGCCCGGCCAGGCUGGCAAAUCGGCCUCGCUUGACGAUAGCGCUGACACGGCGUCGUCGGCCAGCAAGGAACACAUCCAGCACAUGUGCAAGCUGAACGAGAACCUACUGUUGUUCAUCAACCAGCGCGACAACAUCUAUCUUUCCGGUACCACCCUGCCGGACGGCCGGUUCGUCAUCCGCGUGUGCAUCCUGUACAUUCGCCUCACAAAGGAGAGAUUGAUGCGAGGGCUGGUGGAUAUCCGCGAUGGUGUGCAGGAACUAACAACCUAGACCAUGUCCUUGGCGUUUCCUUCGCUUCUUCCAUAGAUCACACAAGUUACUAGGUGAUGGAACUGUAUUCAACAGUAUUGACAUUGACAUCUAAUUUAUUGGUUUAUUUUUCUAAUUUAAUCCAAGUAGCUUUGAUGAACUAUCUCAGUUCUUACUAAUACUUGACGUAGCUCUAGCAUUUACAAUGUACGUUAUGACAAAAACACGCACGUCAGUUUCAAUUUGAUUAUAUCGCAGCUAUGGAAAUAUUUUAUUGAGGCCUCCUCGAGGCACGCCACGUCUCAUAUGUACUGACAUGACGUCAAACUAGACCUUUUGCACGAAUACAUAAGUUUCAUCUACUGAAACCCCUUGAUAUGCUGAUAAUAAAUUCAUCGUAUAAAAACUCUGUACAAUUUUGGAACCUUUCAUAUUUCAUCUGCUUUCGGCUGGUAGGUUUCACGAUAAAAAAAUUUAAAUUGCAUAAAAGUGAAGUAAAGCCCACACAUUCGUGUUA